AGCUGGACAAAAAUAAUACAAUUCAAGUCACUGCACUCCAGUGUGGGGUUCAUUUUUUCUUGUCCUUCGCCUCCCCUCUUCUCCAGGUUGCAUUAUUCUUUAUACCUCUGGCCUCUAAAUGUCUGACAGAGGUUUGAUUUCAUAGUUGUCUCCAGCUGUCCUGAAAAACAUCUCCUGUAGAUGUCUUGAAUUCGAAUAUUUACUGAGUUUAUAAUUGUAAUAAUUAUAGUGGAGUACCUGAUACUCGAUCAAUUCAGAGGACACGAUUUAGUGCUGAUCACUAGGAGUCGAUAUCGGCGAUUGUGAUGAUUUCUCAGUUUUUCAUCCUUUCCUCACGUGGAGACACUAUUGCCUUCCGGGAAUAUCGAGGUGACGUCGUGAAAGGCACAGCGGAGAUCUUUUAUCGCAAGAUCAAAUCAUGGCCUGGCAGUCUCCCUCCGCCUAUAUUUAAUGUUGAAGGCAAUCACUUCAUCUACAUCCGUCGCAAUGGCCUCUACUUUGUCUGCACAACCAAGUUCAAUGUAGCACCGACAUUUGUUGUGGAGCUGCUAACGAGGAUAUCAGGCUUGUGUAAGGACUACUGUGGUGUGCUCAACGAGGAGGCUAUCCGUCUCAACUUUGUCUUGGUGUACGAACUGCUGGAUGAAGUCUUGGAUUUUGGCUAUCCACAAGUUACAUCCACAGAAGCCCUCAAGGCAUGUGUCCUUCACAAGCCUGUAGAGGUUGCCACAGAGCCUACAACAAGCCGACUACCCGGCAUUGCUCCUGCUCGCGAGCAACGCACAUUGCCCAGCUCUGCAGCCAACAAGUCUGUGGCGUUUGGCUCUGAUUCUAAGGGUGACGAGAAGCACGAGCUGUUCGUGGACUUGCUGGAGCGUAUGACAGUGCUGAUUGGUGCAAAUGGCAGUGUCUUGCGAGCCGAUAUUGACGGCUCUGUGCAGAUGAAAAGCUUUCUUGCCGGCAACCCAGAAAUUCGCCUUGGCCUCUCGGAGGACAUCGUCGUUGAGAGGUCAUCCACUAGUCCUGGAGCUAUUGGCGUGACACUGGAUGACUGCAAUUUUCACCAGUGUGUGCGUAUGGAGGAGUUCGAAAAGGACCGAACACUGGCAAUUACCCCUCCAGAUGGUGAAUUUACUGCGAUGCGCUAUCGACUGUCUGGAGACUUCCGACAUAAGCUGCCAUUCCAAAUGCUGGUCAUGGUGGAAGAUAAUGAUUCAAAGUCUCUGGAGGUGGUACUGAAACUGCGGUGCGACAUUCCACAAGACCAGCAUGCAACGAAUGUGGCGGUGCGGUUCCCCGUUCCAAAGGCCACCACAAGCGUUUCACACGUGCUGCCCUCCGGCUCCAGUCAAGUAUCCGAGUUCAAGAGCGCUGAGAAGCUGCAGGUCUGGAAGAUGCGACGGUGCCCGGGCGGCAUGGAGCAAUCGGCUCGUUUCAGAAUCAAUGUGUCUGAGAAAGGCAGAAGUACAAGGAAGGAAAUUGGACCAGUGAAUGUGGAGUUUGAGGUGCCGAUGUUCCUAUGCUCUGGCAUUGCCAUUCGCUACCUGCGCGUCAUUGAGCGAAAUGGUCGCAGUUACACGCCGUUCAGAUGGGUCCGCUACAUAACGCACAGUGACUCAUACGUUAUUCGAAUUUGAUGCUGGUCAUCUCAUUCCCUCCCUGCUUUGGUGCUUGUCUCCUCCUGUACUCUGCUCACAAGCUGGUUUUCAUGACUAUGCGCUUUCCUGCUGUGAACUUCACCCGAUGCAAUAGAUAACUACCAUAAUCAAAUAAAUCGUUCAUCAAACAUCCAAUUUGUUAUGAGAUCACAAGCUCCAUGAAACCCACUCCAUGAAACCCAUCACAAGCUCCAUGAAACCCAUCUUCCAGCACUGUCUACAACAAUGUAGUUUCAGUUCUUUUUGUGUCUGAAUCUUCUUCUUUUUUUAAGGAAUCUCUCGUGCUUUUGACUUGUUUGUGCUUCAUGCUCUGGAUCGUGAUCCUCUAUUUCACCGGACCUCGUCAAAUUAUUAUUGUUUUGAUAUUCUUCCAGAUGAUGUAUUAUUGUUUUAUUCGGCUUUGUUCUUAUUCUAGCAAUUUCUUAAAUUCCGUUUAUCUCGAGUGUGUGUGUGUGUUUUGAUUAUGCCUGCCCGUAUGUGGGUGUUUGGAACACCACUGCUGUUAUUGUAGGUUGCACUGGUGCUAUUCUGGUCGUUCAUGAAGUUCAAGCCCGGAGCAGCCCGGACAGUCUGACUAUUACACUGACAU